AAAGAUAGGAACAGAUAAGACUUUGUGAUACUCUAAGGGUGUGGUUUUCAGAUUUGGCCGCUUGAUGUAUAUUCUACAUUUAAAUUAAUGCGGAUAUUUAUUAAAAUAGGUUUCCAAUAGCCCUUCUUCUAGACUUGCAUAAUCACUGAGCAUAUGAUCCAGGAAUGUGUGUUUUAGAGAAUUCUUCAUGCUGGUCUUCAGCACAGUGGUGUUUACCAAUAGCUGCUAGCAGAGUCUCCCUGUCUUCCAAAAGAGUCCACCUUUUGUUUACCUUUGAGCCCACGGGAGACUCUGAUGAAACAGUUUGGUCAUAGUCAUAGAAUUCUAGAGCCUGCAGAAAGGCGCCUGACAAGACCAUGCCAGCUCAGCAGCCUGACAUUAUGAAGGAGAGAACUGAUGGCAGAUAAGUGUCCAGAGGCUUUGACAGUUCUUUAUUUCACAAUGAAUAAGUUGGUGUGGAUGACUACAGCUCAGAGUCUGAUGUGAUUAUUAUACCUUCAGCCCUGGACUUCGUCUCACAAGAUGAAAUGUUGACACCCUUGGGGAGGCUGGACAAGUAUGCUGCAAGUGAGAACGUAUUUAACAGACAAAUGGUGGCCCGCAGUUUGCUGGACACUCUGAGGGAAGUCUGCGAUGAUGAGAGAGACUGCAUUGCCGUCUUGGAAAGAAUCAGCCGAUUAGCGGAUGACUCAGAGCCAACUGUGAGAGCGGAGCUGAUGGAGCAAGUGCCACACAUUGCACUGUUUUGUCAAGAGAACCGGCCCUCGAUACCAUAUGCUUUUUCCAAGUACUUACUACCAAUUGUGGUUAGAUACCUUGCAGACCAGAAUAACCAGGUGAGGAAAACCAGCCAGGCAGCUUUGCUGGCUCUGCUGGAGCAGGAGCUGAUUGGGCGAUUUGACGUGGAGACCAAGGUGUGCCCUGUCCUCAUAGACCUGACUGCUCCAGACAGCAAUGACGAUGUGAAGACAGAGGCUGUGGCUAUCAUGUGCAAGAUGGCCCCCAUGGUUGGGAAGGACAUUACUGAGCGUCUCAUCCUGCCCCGGUUUUGCGAGAUGUGCUGUGAUUGUCGAAUGUUUCAUGUCCGAAAGGUCUGUGCUGCCAAUUUUGGAGAUAUUUGCAGUGUAGUUGGCCAGCAAGCUACAGAAGAAAUGUUGCUGCCCCGGUUCUUCCAGCUCUGCUCCGAUAAUGUGUGGGGCGUCAGAAAGGCGUGCGCUGAGUGCUUCAUGGCUGUCUCCUGUGCAACAUGUCAAGAAAUCCGACGGACAAAGCUGUCAGCACUCUUUAUUAACUUGAUCAGUGAUCCUUCACGUUGGGUUCGCCAAGCAGCCUUCCAGUCUCUGGGGCCGUUCAUCUCCACAUUUGCUAAUCCGUCAAGCUCGGGUCAGUGCUUCAAAGAUGAGAGCAAAAUCUUGGAAGACUCCUCAGUAGAAGACAAAGACAGGAUGAGAGACGAUGGUGUUGUAGAAGAAGAGCAGCGCAGGCCAGAGGACACUCCUUCAGACCUCAGUGCCCCUCACUCCAGUGCCAGGCUGGAGAGCACACUCGAAGGCUGUGCUGCCAAGACACCUGGGGACUCUGCAGGUGACGUGCCUGCUCCAGUGGACAGCUCCUUACUCUGUACUUUGUCCUCAGAGUCUCCUCAGGAAGCAGCUAGCACUGAUGAGAAUGGUAGAAAACUUGACACCAGCAGCAAGUCUGCGGCCCAGCCAGACGCUUGCACCAGCUCCCCAGAGGCCACUCCCUUAGACCAGGACAUGUUCAACUCCUUCCAUUUCUGGAGGACUCCUCUACCCGAAAUAGAUCUUGAUAAAGAGCUCCAACAGGACCCUGAGGAGAGACUCAGCCCAGAAAGAACAAGGGAUGCACCUGCAGUCUCUAUACCAGGCUCUCCCAAUAUCACCAUGGCUACCCGGAAGGAACUAGAAGAAAUGAUAGAAAACCUAGAGCCGCACAUGGAUGACCCGGAUGUGAAAGCACAGGUGGAAGUGCUGUCGGCUGCCCUGCGCGCUUCCAGCCUGGAUGCUCACGAAGAGACCACCGGUGGUGUAGAGCAACGGAGUGAGCUACGAGAUGAAGUGGGUGUCAGUGAACUUCCAGACUGUAACAUAAAUCAAGACACUUCUGUGCCUUUGAUCAGCGCUGCUGAGGAGAAUGUGGAGGCCACUCCUGACUAUGUCCAUGGAGAUGCGGACGUAAGCCCCGGUGGUGGCUUCAGCCCGGAUGAAGAGAGGAGACCCAAAGUACAGGAUGUUGUACCACAAGCGUUAUUAGAUCAGUACUUGUCAAUGACCGACCCUUCUCGAGCACAGACAGUUGACACUGAGAUCGCUAAGCAUUGUGCAUACAGUCUGCCGGGUGUGGCCCUAACUCUUGGCAGACAGAACUGGCACUGCUUGAGAGAGACUUACGAGACCCUGGCGUCGGACAUGCAGUGGAAAGUUCGAAGAACUCUCGCUUUCUCCAUCCAUGAGCUUGCGCUGAUUCUCGGAGACCAGCUGACAGCUGCAGACCUGGUUCCAAUUUUUAAUGGAUUUUUAAAAGACCUCGAUGAAGUCAGGAUAGGUGUUCUUAAACACUUGCAUGACUUUCUGAAGCUUCUUCACAUUGAUAAAAGAAGAGAAUACCUUUAUCAGCUCCAGGAGUUUUUGGUGACAGACAACAGCAGAAACUGGCGCUUUCGAGCUGAGCUGGCAGAACAGCUGAUUUUACUUCUAGAAUUAUAUAGUCCCAGAGAUGUUUAUGAUUACUUACGUCCCAUUGCUCUGAAUCUGUGUGCAGACAAAGUUUCUUCAGUCCGUUGGAUUUCCUACAAGUUGGUCAGUGAGAUGGUGAAGAAACUUCACACAGCAACGCCGCCCACAUUCGGAGUAGAUCUCAUCAAUGAGCUGGUAGAGAAUUUCGGCAGGUGUCCAAAGUGGUCUGGUCGCCAAGCCUUUGUCUUUGUCUGCCAGACCGUCAUUGAGGACGACUGCCUCCCCAUGGACCAGUUUGCUGUGCACCUGAUGCCACAUUUGCUGACCUUGGCAAACGACAGGGUUCCCAACGUUAGAGUGCUGCUUGCCAAAACCCUGCGACAGACUCUGCUAGAGAAAGAGUACUUCUUAGCCUCUGCCAGCUGUCAUCAGGAGGCUGUGGAGCAGACAAUCAUGGCCCUGCAGAUGGACCGAGACAGUGAUGUCAAGUACUUUGCAAGCAUCCACCCCUCCAGUACCAAACUCUCUGAAGAUGCAAUGAGCACAGCUUCCUCCACCUACUGACCCCUGACCCGCGGCGUCCUUCCUGCAUCCGCGAGAGCCUGGCCUCGACCGCCUGCCACUCGGGACAGCUGUGGUGGGGCCUUUGUCCUGCCAACUCGUUCGCAGGUGCAAGUUGCCUCCUCCCAAUACCAGUGGUUUUAAGAGUCAAGAGAAAGUACAGUAAACACUAUUAUCUUAUCUUGACUUAAGGGAAAGUAAAUCUCAGAGGAUUAUAAUUGUCACCAAAGCCUUAACUCGUUACUUCAUCUUCCUGACUGAAUGACUUGAAUUGGCAGAGCAUUUUCCCUUCAGGAAGGAUGAGGUUCCCAGAGACCUGCAUUGCUUUCUUCUGGUUUUAUUUAACGGCUGGUAAAUGACAUUCUUACGGCCAGAAGGUGGAUGAGCACCGGACAGGAAAGGCGUUCAGUAUUAGCCUAAGCAUUUCUUCCAGGUGUGGAGCCUGUUCUGCUCCUUGGCUGCCCUGCCCAGCCCAGCCCUAAGUGUGAAUAGUUCUUGGCGUGUAUAAAUGACAAGGGAGUUUUUCCUCUCCUAAGGGCUUGAUGUUAACACUAAAUAGAAUCUGAUUUUGACUCCUAGUGCAGCACAUUGCUGUACACAUUUACAGAAUGUUUGCAGAAUCUCUCCUGAUUUUUUUCAUGCUGGUCAUGACCUGAAGGGAAUUUCUUAGCACGAAUAUUGUGUCAGGUGUUUUUAACUUGAUCAUGGUCAGCUCUGAGGUGCAACUUUUUCUUCCCAUGCUGCACCUGUGACCACUCUGGGGCGUGCAGCCUUAAUCAUGCUGUUAGAACUGUUGUGGUACAAGUUCCAAAUAAAAUUUAUUAAUAGGAUCUAUAAAGAAAGACACCA